AACUUCUUCAAAUGUCUGAUCCCAGUGCCAUGCCCGCCUACUAUCCUGACCCUGCAACUUCCAAGAAGAAAAGCAAGACUGCUGCCCGCUUAGCUAUUAAUGUCGUCGUCCCUCGACCCUUCCCAGUCAACCAUCUUCGCAGAAUCUCCUCCCACCUUCCCUUCCGUGAAGUUGCCCACCCUUCCGCCAACUUCUUCAUUCCAUGUUUCGGAAUGAUGUUCAACUUUCUGGCUGCCAUGAAUGACAAAGUCUGCUCUCUUCCAGACUUCUCCUGUAAUGGUUGUGUCAAUGAUUGGAUACCCCAAGCGUCGAAUAUCGUCUUCGCUUUCCUUCGAGCACAGGCAUUGACAAUGAUGAUAUCCUCUGAGCAGAUCUGUUUCUUGAACAGGUUUCUGGAUCAGUUCCCCCUUGAGAUGAUUGAGAUUCCGGGUCCUCUGGUUCCUUUCUUUCGCUCGCUCUCCAUCAGCUCCCCGGGCUUCGGGAAUUUUCGAGAUGUUGCCCCCGCUCUCCCCGUGAUCACGCUGGACGAAGAGCGGCUUUACAACAUGGAAUUCCAGCCACCCUGCAAGGAAGAAAUGUUCCAAGGUCUUACUUCUAUAGUGCCUAAUAUUGCUCUGAUGUAUGACCAAUUUGUCCACCUCCUGAAGUACCUUGACUCUGAUACUGCCCUGGUACCCAGGAAAUAUGCUACUUAUGAGCCCCUCAGCAAAAUCUUUGGUAUCUCCCUUCCUCCUGAUGGUGAUGCAAAGCUCCCCUACUUCUCUAGACUCCUCAAGUCUGUUGGCUUUGCCCACUGUCCCAACGCUUCCGACGGAUUAAUGAGUCGCUUUUUCGAGUACAUUAGAAAUGCUUCUAUUGUCUUCCCUGCUCCACUGGCCUAUGAUCUCGAGCAUGCCCCCGUCCCCGCUACUUGGAACAUUACAAACUCCAUUGACGACAUGAUGAUGAGUUCAUCUCGUUUCGAUUGGUUCAGCGUCCUCCUUCGAGGAAUGCACACUUUUAAUAAGCAUUGGACAGGUAAUGUCCGUAUGUCUGACAUCCAUCCCACCUCCUCAGCUGCUGGCUUGAUCACUUUCUCAGGAGCUGAGGUUACUGCCAUCCCCGCUGCCACGAUCUUCUAGCGGGUUUCCCUCAAUAAGGCUACCCACCACAUGGCCUUUAAUACUGCUGCAUCCACCACAUGCCCGUAUAUCGUUACAGAAGAUUUUCAGGAUGCUCAGGCUGCCCAGGUCAAUGUCAUCUCCUCAAAUGUUAUCAACAAUAACAUGAGGAUUGGUGAUAUUGACAUCACUCGCUACGGCGAGUACUGGAACGUGUCCCCGAACGCUCUAGUCACUGAUAGAGGCGAUCUCACUAGUCAAUUCCAGUCUAUGAUCGUCUCCCAAGUGUACUUCACUGAGUAGAUUUCUAAAUUUGCUCUUUUACGCCAUUUUUUGCUUCAAAUUCAGUUCUCUUUUUUCUGGCUUCUCCUUUUUUUAUUUUCCCG